CAUGGUUCAGACAGCUGGGUUCAGGUCUGUGAUCGUCCUGUCGCUGUUGCUGCUCUGCUGUUGCUGUUCGACCACAGCAAAAGAAGGAAAAUCCACAAAGAAGGGAAAGAAAGGCAAGCAAGUCGUCUGUCCAUCCCAACUGUCCCCAGAAGAUUUGGCUCAAGUUCCAGAAAACUCCACCUCCAACAUCUUGAAUCGUCUGAUGGUCAGUUAUGACCCCAGAAUAAGGCCCAACUUUCAAGGUAUUCCAGUUGAGUCCAGAGUCAACAUCUUCAUCAACAGCUUUGGGUCCAUCCAGGAAACUACUAUGGACUACAGAGUGAAUAUAUUUCUUCGUCAGAGAUGGAAUGAUCCUCGUUUACGACUUCCUGCUGAUUUUAAGAGUGACUCUCUAACUAUUGAUCCCAAGAUGUUCCAGUGUUUGUGGAAACCAGACCUUUUCUUUGCUAAUGAGAAAAAUGCAAACUUCCAUGAUGUUACACAGGACAACAUCCUCCUGUUCAUCUUCAGAAAUGGAGACAUCCUGAUCAGCAUGAGGUUGUCGGUGACCCUGUCUUGUCCCUUGGAUCUGACGCUCUUCCCCAUGGACACUCAGCUCUGUAAGAUGCAGUUGGAAAGCUUCGGAUACACCACCAGUGACCUGGUGUUCAUGUGGCAGUCUGACCCUGUUCAGAUGGACGAGAUCGCACUGCCCCAGUUCGACAUCAAACAAGAAGACAUCAAAUAUGGAAACUGCACCAAAUACUACCAAGGAACAGGGUACUACACCUGUGUUGAGGUGAUUUUCACACUGCGUCGACAAGUGGGUUUUUACAUGAUGGGCGUUUACGCUCCCACUCUGCUGAUCGUCGUCCUGUCCUGGUUGUCUUUCUGGAUAAACCCUGAUGCCUCGGCUGCCAGGGUUCCGCUGGGUAUUUUAUCGGUUCUGUCUCUGUCCAGUGAGAGUAUGUCGUUGGCCUCAGAGUUACCCAAGGUUUCCUACGUAAAGGCCAUCGAUAUCUGGCUCAUCGCCUGUCUGCUCUUUGGGUUUUCAUCUCUGGUGGAAUACGCAGUGGUGCAGGUCAUACUGAACAGUCCCAAACUGAUCGAGGAGGAAAAAGCCAAGAUGGUGACCAGAGAGAAAGCACUGAAGGAGCAGGAAGGAAAGAAGGCCUCCAAUAAAAGCAACAACAACACAGUGAACGGAACUGGAGGAACACCUAUACAUGUCAACACUCUGCAGGUGGUUGAAACUCGCUGUAAAAAAGUCUGCACGUCCAAAUCCGACCUGCGCUCCAACGACUUCAGCAUCGUGGGAUCUUUACCGCGGGACUUUGAGCUGUCGAACUUCGACUGUUACGGUAAACCGGUGGAGGUGACGGGGGCCCUGAAGUCCCAGAGCAAAGCCAACAAGAAGCCCCCGCCCCCCAAACCCGUCAUCCCCGCCGCCGCCAAACGCAUCGACCUCUACGCACGCGCUCUGUUCCCCUUCUCCUUCCUGUUCUUUAACGUGGUCUACUGGUCGGUCUACCUGUGACGCCGAGGCCUAGGGGAGUCAAACUCACAACCCCCGGGCUGGGUUUACGUGGACCGGAGUAUCCUGGAUGGUUUUAAGGGUUUGGAAGUAUCCUGUUUCUGGGUUUGCAAACGUACACCUCAUGUUCCCCCACCUUCACAGAUCAGGUGAUGCACUAAUCCUGCUUUAGAAUAAAAAAAAAAUAGGAGAUAGAAGGACAUGAACGUGCACAUAAACCAAC